AGACGCUCGAUGGGCCCGCGGAGUGCAGCGCAGGCGUUCCCCAUGGCGGAGGCCGCCAGCAAGCCGUCGCUGCCGCUGUUGGUGCUGCUGGUGCUGCAGGCGGCCUCCUGGGCGCCGGGAGCGGUGGCCUUCUACCUCCCGGGGCUGGCGCCGGUCAACUACUGCAAGGAGGACGCUACCACCGCCCAGUGCCAGUCAAACGUCAGCUUGUACGUGAACCGGCUGACAUCGGACGAGUCGGUGCUGCCGUACGAGUAUCACCAGUAA